CUUUUUGAGGAAUGGAAUUGUCCACAUAGUCUUCGGCGCCAUUUUCUUUUUUGCACAGUUGGAAAGUUGGCAGCAUUAUACAACAUAUUCCGUCCCCAGCAAAGGUUUCUCUGUUUUUCCCGGCAUUGCUGAUACUACCCUGCUUGAGACAUGAUCGCGGGACAGCAUCCCGUGGUCCAGGCGCUGCUGGGAACGCUGCUGACGUGGGGCCUGACUGCACUCGGGGCCGCUCUGGUGUUCGUCUUCACAACCGGCAAGAGAAAAGUUCUGGAUGCCAGCCUUGGUUUUGCUGCAGGGGUGAUGCUUGCUGCUUCCUACUGGUCUCUGUUGUCUCCUGCUAUAGAGAUGGCUGAACAGUCCCAGACCUAUGGGAUACAUGGGGAGUUUGCCUUCAUUCCUGUGUCCAUUGGUUUUGCCCUAGGAGCAGUGUUUGUCUACAUGUCUGAUGUCUUCCUCCCCUACUUGGGUGUGUCAUCCCCAAAUGUUGCCCUGGCAUUGUCAUCAGAAGAAAAAUUCCAUGCAGAGGAAGGAGACUUCACAACUGUCACUGCAGAACCUGCACAGGAAUCUUCAUUUUCUAUUGAAAAUGGUGAAGCUUUGUCUUCAAAGACCCCAAAGGGCCCGAUGCACAGAAGGAAGGCCUCCGGGUCCCACAAGGUGGCCCUCAGCACAGGGGAGGAGGAAGAGACAUCAUCCCUUAAUGAUGAGAAAAAAGCUCGCCAAGCUUCCAUGAGUUGGAAAAGAAUAAUGUUGUUGAUCAUUGCUAUCACUGUUCAUAACAUUCCAGAGGGACUUGCAGUUGGUGUUGGCUUUGCUGCUGUUGGUAAAACACAUGCUGCAUCAUUUGAAAAAGCCAGGAACCUGGCAUGGGGAAUUGGAAUACAAAAUUUCCCAGAAGGCCUUGCUGUAAGUUUACCCCUGAGGGGUUCUGGGAUGUCUGUAUGGAAAAGCUUCUGGUAUGGCCAGCUGAGUGGGAUGGUGGAGCCUCUAGCAGGAGUGUUUGGUGCAGUUGCCAUGGUAAUAGCAGAGCCCCUCCUCCCAUAUGCCCUGGCCUUUGCAGCAGGUGCCAUGGUGUAUGUUGUUGUAGAUGACAUUGUUCCAGAGGCAAACACAAGUGGCAAUGCCAAACUGGCAUCAUGGGGGUGCAUCGUGGGAUUCAUCAUCAUGAUGUCAUUGGACGUCGGUCUAGGCUGAUGUCAGUAACUGACAAAUAAACUACUAAGUAUUAUGUAUGAAGGGCUUGUACUUCCUCAGGUAACUGGUAGGAUGGAGUCUGAACCAGCAAAAUGGUAGAACGUAAGUGUGACACAUGGGCUUGUCCUGCUACAUUGGCCACGUGUGUACAACAAACUGUUCUCUGUCCCAAAGUUGGGGCCCUUGUACUGACUUUACUCUACAGUGGUCAUAGUGAAGAAAGAAUUACAGUAUUGAAGGCUUUCAAAGUGUAUUGUGACAUGAUAUGAUGCCAACUUUGCUGUAAUUCUUUUUAUGCCUCCUUGUCUUUGUGACAAACAAUUCUAACUGUGCUUUGGUAGGCUAGCUUGAAUAUCAUAACAAUUUGUUGAUAUUUUCUAUACGUGUAAUCUGUACAGAAAAUAUUAGCAAUGAGUGCCCAAGUGUUGGCAAGACUUGAUUACUUUUUAUUAGACUUUAAGAUGCAAUAUCAAAUGUGACUUAAAUUCGUAAGUUUGCUGAUGUAGAGUAUAACUACAAGAAAAUUAUAAUUUGUGACAAAACAAAUGCAAUACAAGCGUAUAAUGGUAAUCAUGAAAAUAUUUUGAAAUGAAUAAGUGACAUAUAUAUAUAGAGAGAGAGAGAGAUAGUCGCAAGUCUUUGAAAUAUGUUCAAAGUCUACUUUUUAUCGUAUUUGUAGCUGCUGAUUAAAUUUAAACAUAUCCUAGACAAAUUCAAUAACUUGUCUUCCAGUCUUUAUUACUUAUACAUGUACAUAUAUUUUGAGAGUAGAAAAGUCCUAAAACUCAAUUGGUCAAAGAUCAUUGUAAUAUUUUAGUACCUCUCAAACCACAUAACAAGUUACCAGUAAGACAAACUUCUUACUAGUACAAGUGUGUACUGUUUAUGAUCGGAACAUGUUGCAGUCUUCCAGGUAUCUUGUACUCUGAUUGACACAUGUAACUCUGUUUUAAUCAAAGUAUGAAGCCCGCCAUUAUUUAUGUAUAGCGCCACAUCGUCUUUGGUUUAUAGGGACAUCAGUGAAGGUACCCAAACGGCUGCAGCUUUAGGUCUCA